CCAACUUGUGCUGAAUGAGUUUGUUGACACCUCGACCCACCAGCCACUACCUUUCUAUUUAUUGCUUCCACUUUCCUUCAAUUCAAUACACUAUUUAUUUUCCACUUGAAAAGCUAUUUCCCUAAUAUAUUACACGUUUGCCACAACUCUAUAUUGAACUGAAAAAAAAUGGCAACAAAGUUAUGGGCUUCAAGAGCUGCUUCAUAUCUCAGGAUCUCAACAUUUCACAGAGCUUUUGCUACUGUGGCCAAGGAUUUAAAGUAUGCAGAGUCUCAUGAAUGGGUUAAAGUUGAUGGUAGUUCUGCAACAAUUGGCAUCACUGAUCAUGCUCAGGAUCAUUUAGGUGAUGUUGUCUAUGUUGAAUUACCUGAAGUUGGGGCUUCUGUAAAUCAAUUUGACAGUUUUGGUGCUGUUGAAAGUGUCAAGGCCACCAGCGAUAUCAAUUCUCCUGUUUCAGGGAAGGUGGUGGAAGUUAAUGAGAAGCUCGACUCCUCUCCUGCUCUGAUCAAUGGGAGCCCAUAUCAAGAAGGAUGGAUUAUAAAGGUGGAGAUGAGCAACCCCGACGAACUCAAAUUGUUGAUGGACCCUGACAAGUAUUCCAGUUUCUGUGAUGAAGAAGACGCAAAACACUGAUUGAAACCUCACAAAUUUGAGCAAGAACACACUUUCCUGCAGGAUUUUUCCUAGUGCAUAAAUAGGCGUUAUUCCCAAGUCCCAGAAACUGGAGAUUUAUAGUAGUGCUAUUUGGUCUUUGAUACAACAUCUAUUACCAUUGCAUUUCUCUCUUUCUUUGCAAAUAAUUCAGUGCUUUUUCUAAUUUGGGGUGAUGAAUUGAUGUAUUAAACUCAUAAAGUAAAAUGUGAACCUACUUUCACCCUUUCA